AUGGAGAACGCAGGUUUCGAGCACGUGGCUCCAUGGGAGAAUCCGUCGACGGCGCUGCACGAGGAAGACCCUCUUUCCGCGAAGCGCACCCUCGAAGAUGUUAUGGACGACGAAGACGACGACGACGAUGAUUUUGAAGAUGUCAAAGUUGUCAAGAAGCCCCGAGUUGUCGACAACGUCGAGAUCGUACAAGGAAACGUUGACGUUCCUCAAUUGAGUUCUCAUGACCGACUCCAUGCUGUCGAAGCGAAAGAAAAUGACAUCACGGCAUCACACGAUGUUGCGAGUACUCGAAGCGGAGGUGCCAUUGCCACUGGGCUCCAGAUUUGUGGCGACACAACCUUUGAAGCCGUCACCCCCGAAGACGACGUUCCUGAUACGAGUACCGACGUCGACCAAGUGACUACUGCUCCAGUCACGACAGCAUCCGAAAUGGACCCGUUUGAGUCCGUCGCGUCUGACAGCGAUAACCACCACGAGUACCCUGACGAACGAUACCACCAACACGAUUCCACUGCACCCUCCGGUCGGUCCGCCGUCGACGUGCUCCUGCAAGGCGUUGUGGACGGCACGUCGCCCUCUGCGCCAUCUUCCGUGUCGUCGGUUGAAGCCGUCGACACGUGGAGCACGACAGCAAGUGAAGGCGCUGACGGCCCCCCUGCAGUGAUUGAUGACUCUGUCUUGCUGAGUGAACAACCUAGCGAAGAGCAACGUGGCCAGCCAAGUUCUGUUGUCUCCAACACAUCGGACUACCAUGUCGCAGACACCAUGUCACCUUCAGCCAGCACAUCUAGCGCUGCUUCGAAGGAACAGCGUUCCGAUCUUGCAGACCAGCCCCACGACGGAGAGGUGGUCGACUCGGUGGCGGCGCUACCGUCCCCGUUGGACAACCAGAGUAUCGGAGAUCUAAAUGACAUGACUGUCGAGAGUGCCGUGACCGUCUUGGAGGCGCCGCAGCAGCAACUUGCAUCGGACACCGCACGCGAGGACACACGUACUCAGGCGCAAGCAUUUGUGGCGGAACACCAACCUCAACCGACGCACGCCACAGGCACGUCGACCGCCGCCCCGGCACCGUCCACAGACCAUUCCACGCACACUGCAGCAGGCACAUCCUCUUCGACGUCGGGGGCGCCACCGGCAGCGCCGUUGGCACGGGAGCCGUCCAACAACAGCACAAGCACCGGCAGUAGAUGGGGCUCAAGGCCAACCGGAACAACUGCACACGGCACCACGCCCGACACUGGAGUGGCGACUUUGUCGGACGUGAUCUGGACCCGUUUGUUGGACUUUCAGCACACGAACCACAUCCACCACGCAGACUUUUCCUUGUCGCAACUGCGACCCGCGACGUUGGACAUGCUCGCGACGUGGCCGGAAUUUGCCCAGCUCGCGAUGGUUGCUCGAUUCACCCGCGCCGCCGCCGCGCUGCAGACCGCAGGCAACAAGGACUCGUUGCUCGCUCAAACGAUUCAAGAGUACGAAGCAGAGAAUCCGACCGUGCGGCAGUUGGUCCGCUUGCCGCCAUCGGAGGUGACGUCGCAGGAAGGACAUUUCUCCUUUGGCUACGCUCCUCCCCAGCCGUCGACCGGAAUGGUCCCGAACCCUCCGCGGCGAUCGUACAACGUCGCGGUCGAGUUGUCGCAGCACAAGGACAAGUUUCUCCUGGAUGAAUUUGGUCGAGUCAAAACGGCGGCGAUGGCCACGGCGACGGUUCCAGCCACGGUUGCAGCAACGACAGCCGCAGCCCACGUCACCAGUGCACCGAGUGGUGCGAGCACGAACGCCCGUCCUGCAAAUCACGGCGGCCGACACCAAGCCCCCGUUAGUCAAGGCUACAACACUGGUGGCCCACGCGGUGGUCGUUCGCCGCCCCGGCGAUACCAGGGCCGGAGUCGCAGCCGUAGCCGCAGUCGAGACCGCCGCCCACCUCCUCAGCCGCACCACCAUCACGUCGACCGCUACCAAGAUCGUUACAACCCGCAACAUGCGCCACGUCCGCACCACCACGAGCAACCACAGCAGUAUAAUUCGCACCAACAGCAGCAGCGCUUCCUUCCACCGCAGCAACACCAUGUACCUCCAUCAUACCAAGGCCCGCCACCCCAGCAACACUACCCUCCUUCGUCCCAUCACGGAGGGCACCAACAGCCGUCGUACCAGCAACGAUCCCAACCGUACGAGCCACCUCCGUCAUCGUACCGGCAAGAAUACCCGCCGCACUCGUAUCCAGACCGAGGAGGCGACCCCAACUCGCGGCAAUACGCUCCGCCACACCAGCCGCCGCCGCACCAUCCGCACCAGCAGAAUCAUCGAGGACCUCCCCCGUCGCAGCGGUCGUAUGGGGGAGCGCCGCCGCCGUCGUCGUCGCAAAACCUCGUCGAGGACUUUCGCCGGUCGGAAAUCUUCCAUCGCCUCCCCCUCUCGAUUCGCGACGCCCUCCAAGCGCUGUAUGCCAAGGGCCAGGUCCGCGAGCUCCUCAACGACUCGGUCCUCUCCCGCCUUGUGAAAUUGCCCGAGCAUCUGGCUGUUCGCGCGGUCGAGAACCUAACCAACACGGACUCGUCCCACGUCGACAACAUCCACGGCUUCUUUGUCGGGAUUAUCUCGCGUGUGUACGAGCGCGAUCGAGGUCCCCCACCCACUGCCAACCUGCCGCCGCUUGGUGGCCCCCACGGCGGCGACCCUCGGGCGGAGUACUCGUCUGGCGCAAGCGACCCCCGUCUGCGAGGAAGUGACGUGCGCGGCCAGCACCAAGGAAUGAACCAGCAGGCGGGGAUGUGGUCGCAGAAUCCCGUGCACGACCAGCUCAUUCGUGCGCUGUCGCCCCAAGUGCUGGCUCAGCUCCAGCACAUGGCGUCGACAGGCGUCAUGUCGUCGGUCGACGAGUGGGGUGAAAAGUGCUACGAAAUUCUCGGCCAGCUCUCGGAGAGCCUCGCGAUCGAAGUGCUCAAGCGGUUUACGAUGGCCAACCUCGACUCGGUGCGGAAUCGAUCGGGGUUUUUGAUUGGCGUCGUGAAGCGAUGUCGCCAAGAGUACGGUCUCCCGCCGUAAGGAAGAGGAUGGCCCGGCGGCACCUGGACGCCAUCGAACUGACAGCAUAACGUUUAUAGCGCUACACAAAUACACUUGUCGAUGAAAUGCCCGGUCGCCA